CUUCUCCUGAAGUUAAACUUCUGUGGCAGGGACCUGGAUGCAGCGUCUCUGGGGGCACCUGGGGUCAGCCAGGCCAGCCGGCCCCGGCAUCGCAUGGGCUUGGACCUGAGCCCUGGCCAGCACCUGGCAGGGUGCUCCCGGACCAGUCUGCCCGCUGGAGUCACGUGGCUGCCGUGGUGCCUGCUGGCUGGGCAGUGCCAGCAGCUGACGCCCAGGCAGGGCUGUAGGGAAGCAGCAGGACUGGGGCCAGCGGGCACGGCCCCCCACAGAGGCCGGGCUGCCUGGGAUGGCUUUGCUGGCACGCGGCACGCAGCCGGGGCGCUAGGGGCUGGCUUGGUGCAUUCGCUGGCCUCUGCCGGGGCGAAGCAGCGCCAUGGACUCCAACCUGCAGGGGACAUUCCUGCUCAACAGCCCCUCGCUGGCCCCCUUCCCGGAGGCAAAGGCCCCCAUGUGCCAGUACUCGGUGCAGAACUCCUUCUACAAACUCAGCCCACCAGGACUCAGCGCCCAACUGGCAGCCGGCACGCCGCAUGGCAUCACCGAUAUCCUGAGCCGUCCAAACAGCAGCCUGCUCUCAGCCUACCCCCACACGGGUGGCUUUAACAGCCUGAGCUCCCAGCCCGUCUACUACGGACCCCAGGUGAGGCCCUUCUCCAAGGCAGGGAGCGACUAUCCAUCCCGGGGCAGGGACUGCUGGGCAGACACCGGCCAGGACUGGCGAGGAGGCCGACUGUGCGGCAGCACCCCGGCUCACCUGGCCGACAGCAUCCACAAGAAGAAGCACACGCGCCCCACCUUCACUGGCCACCAGAUCUUUGCGCUGGAGAAAACCUUUGAACAGACCAAGUACCUGGCAGGGCCCGAGCGGGCGCGUCUGGCCUAUUCCCUCGGCAUGACCGAGUCGCAGGUGAAGGUGUGGUUCCAGAACCGACGGACCAAGUGGCGGAAGAAGAGCGCGCUGGAGCCCUCGUCCUCCUCGCAGCGGGUGGCGGGCGAGCGGGCCACCUCUGAGACCGAGGACGACGAGUACAACAAGCCCCUGGACCCUGACUCGGACGACGAGAAGAUCCGCCUGCUGCUGAGGAAGCACCGGGCUGCGUUCUCGGUGCUCAGCCUGGGCACCCACAGUGGCUGAGCCCCCGGCCCCCUGCAGUGCCUGGCACUGGCCCCGUGCCCAAGAUGCCUGUGCACCAGCCUGCUCAGAGCCAGAGACACGCAGAGCAGCGCCCGAGCUGGCAGGGGCUGCUCUGAGCGGGAGGGGUCGAGCUGUGAGGUACAGGGUCCUGGAGCAGGGAUGCUGGAGCCUGCCUCCUCCCGGCUGAGUCGUGAGGGGACAGGAGCAGACCUGACCCAACAGGAGCUGCUGGCGCAGCCUUGGGCCAUAGAGCCAGGCUGCAAAUGGGAAAGGGGGACUCUGCCUCUGUUCCUGCCCCAUGCUGGGAGGGGGCUGCCCCCACUCUGGGCAGGAGGGAGCCGGGCUCCAGCAUGUUACAGACCCUGCUGUGCCGUGAGCAGUGAUGAAAUAAAGGUCCCAGCCCGCUCU